AUGAUUUGUUUAGAUGAAUAUCCUGCUGCAAGUCCUGAUUUAAAUGCGAUUGAGUCUGUAUGGUCAUGGAUGAACAGCUAUAUUCAACGACGUCAUCCUGAUUCUCAACAACGUCUUGAACAAUUAGUAACUGAUGCCUGGAAUCAAAUUCCACGAUCUAUUAUACGUGACUAUAUUGACCAUAUUCAAGAUAUUUGUUAUCAAAUAAUAGCGAAUCAAAGCUGA